UUUUCCCGGCCGCCCGGGCCGUUGCGUGGCGUUGCGGUUGGCGCAGGCAGCACCGCCCCGCGCGCGCGCCCCCAGCUCUGCUGCGUCCGUGCCGCGCUGUGCCGUGCCGGGCCGUGCCGGCGGCUUGCAAAGCCCCCCAUCUUGGCAGUGGGAGGUCCUGGACGCACUUGCACGCGCGCACCCCCAUCCUGGUCUUUGCAUUUUUUUUAUUUUACAUUUUUUUUAAAGUUCUUUUGUGCUCGGCUACCCUUCCUCCCAGCCCCCCAAUAAAUCACCAAACUGUUACCUAGCAAAGCGGGGCGGGGUGCCGGCCUCUCCCAGAACUAGGAGGUGCGGAGCUGUUUGCGGAUCCGCGCCCCCAGCCCCACCCCCAGAUCUUGAACACCGCCCCGCACUGGCAUUUGGAAGGGGUGUGGGGUUGGGGGGGGGAAAGCAUUGCUUCAGAAACUGAGCACCCCAGCGCCCUCCCUCCACCCUAAGCCCCCGCUAUUUUAUUUUAUUUUAUUAUUAUUUUGUUUGGCCUUUUCUCUUUUUUUUUUUUUUUUUUUUUCUCUUUUUUUCCCUUCCCUCCCGGCGGAAUGGAGCUCGGCGGACCGUGCGUUUAAGAUUUAACAGUUCGGAGCAGCGGGCUCGCUGGAAGGGCUUCUCGGCGGCGGCGGCAGCUGCAGGCGACGCGGGGUCCGGCCGGGCCAUCCCGCCUUCAGCUCCUUGUGUCUGUCCUUCUGCCUGUCUCAACUUUAGGAUGGCUCGCUUCGGGGAGGCGGUGGUCGGCCGGCCGGCCUCGGGCGACGGCGAUUCGGACCAGAGUCGGAACCGGCCGGGAACUCCCGUGCAGGCGUCGGGCCAGGCGGCCGCUUACAAGCAGACCAAGGCGCAGCGGGCGCGCACCAUGGCCCUGUACAACCCCAUCCCGGUCCGGCAGAACUGCUUCACCGUCAACAGAUCCCUCUUCAUCUUCGGCGAGGACAACGUGGUCAGGAAAUACGCCAAGAAGCUCACCGAUUGGCCGCCAUUCGAGUACAUGAUACUGGCCACCAUCAUCGCCAACUGCAUCGUCCUGGCCCUGGAGCAGCAUCUGCCAGAGGAUGACAAGACUCCGAUGUCCAGGAGACUGGAGAAGACAGAGCCGUACUUCAUUGGCAUUUUCUGCUUUGAGGCUGGCAUCAAAAUUGUGGCCCUGGGCUUCAUCUUCCACAAGGGCUCCUACCUGCGCAAUGGUUGGAACGUCAUGGACUUCAUCGUGGUCCUCAGUGGCAUCCUGGCCACAGCGGGCACCCACUUCAACACACAUGUGGACCUGAGGACCCUGCGGGCCGUGCGGGUCCUGAGACCCUUAAAGCUGGUGUCUGGGAUCCCUAGCUUGCAGAUUGUGCUCAAGUCCAUCAUGAAGGCCAUGGUGCCGCUACUGCAGAUCGGCCUGCUGCUCUUCUUUGCUAUCCUCAUGUUCGCCAUCAUCGGCCUGGAGUUCUACAGCGGGAAACUGCAUCGCGCCUGCUUCACUAACACAUCAGGGAUCCUGGAAGGGUUCGACCCCCCUCACCCAUGUGGCGUGCAGGGCUGCCCCGCGGGCUACGAGUGCCGAGACUGGAUUGGACCCAACGACGGCAUCACGCAGUUCGACAACAUUCUGUUCGCUGUGCUCACGGUGUUCCAGUGUAUCACCAUGGAGGGCUGGACCACGGUGCUCUACAAUACCAAUGAUGCCUUAGGCGCCACCUGGAACUGGCUCUACUUCAUCCCCCUCAUCAUCAUCGGGUCCUUCUUCGUGCUCAACCUUGUCCUGGGAGUGCUGUCUGGGGAAUUCGCCAAGGAGAGAGAAAGGGUGGAGAACCGCAGGGCCUUCAUGAAGCUGCGGCGACAGCAGCAGAUUGAGCGAGAGCUCAAUGGCUACCGAGCCUGGAUCGACAAGGCAGAGGAGGUUAUGCUGGCGGAGGAAAACAAGAACGCAGGCACCUCGGCUUUGGAAGUGCUCCGCAGAGCCACCAUCAAGAGGAGCCGGACAGAGGCCAUAACCCGAGAGUCCAGCGAUGAACACUGCAUGGACAUUUCCUCUGUGGGCACGCCCUUGGCCCGUGCCAGCAUCCGGAGCACCAAGGUGGAUGGCGCCUCCUACCUGCGCCACAAAGAGCGGCUACUUCGUAUCUCUGUGCGCCACAUGGUCAAGUCCCAGAUCUUCUACUGGAUUGUGCUCAGCCUGGUAGCGCUCAACACGGCCUGCGUGGCCAUCGUGCACCACAACCAGCCACAGUGGCUCACACACAUGCUCUACUAUGCUGAGUUCCUGUUUCUCGGCCUCUUCCUCCUGGAGAUGGCCCUGAAGAUGUACGGGCUGGGGCCACGGCUCUACUUCCACUCAUCCUUCAACUGCUUCGACUUUGGGGUCACCGUGGGCAGUAUCUUCGAGGUGAUCUGGGCUAUCUUCCGCCCGGGCACUUCUUUUGGUAUCAGUGUCAUGCGCGCCCUGCGGCUGCUCCGAAUAUUCAAGAUCACCAAGUACUGGGCCUCCCUGCGCAACCUUGUGGUCUCCCUGAUGAGCUCCAUGAAGUCCAUCAUCAGUUUGCUCUUCCUCCUCUUCCUUUUCAUCGUGGUCUUUGCCCUCUUAGGGAUGCAACUAUUUGGGGGUCGGUUCAACUUCAAUGACGGGACACCCUCGGCAAACUUUGAUACCUUCCCUGCCGCUAUUAUGACCGUGUUCCAGAUCCUGACAGGCGAGGACUGGAAUGAGGUGAUGUACAAUGGCAUCCGCUCUCAAGGCGGCGUGAGCUCGGGCAUGUGGUCAGCUGUCUACUUCAUCGUGCUCACCCUCUUUGGGAACUACACGCUGCUGAAUGUCUUCUUGGCCAUCGCUGUGGAUAACCUGGCCAACGCCCAGGAGCUCACCAAGGAUGAGCAGGAGGAGGAAGAGGCGUUCAACCAGAAGCACAUGUUGCAGAAGGCCAAGGAGGUCAGCCCUAUGUCGGCACCCAGCCUGCCCGCCAUCGAGAGGGAGCGGCGGCGGCGGCACCACAUGUCGGUGUGGGAACAGCGCACGAGUCAGCUGCGCAGGCACAUGCAGAUGUCGAGCCAGGAGGCCCUCAACAAGGGUGAAGGCCCGCCCAUGAACCCCCUCAACCCCCUCAACCCGCUGAGCCCUCUCAACCCACUGAAUGCCCACCCCAGCCUGUACCGGAGGCCUCGGCCCCUGGACGGCCUGAGUCUGGGCCGUUGUGAUGAGGAGCACAGCGGCCGUGGGGGGUCCCUCAAGGCCACCAUUGGGGACCAUCCACACAGCCCCCUGGCUCUGAGCAGGCGGGAGCCACCCUGGCUGGCCCGACCCUGCCAGGGGAACUGCGAGUCCAGCCCAGCCGAGGCUGGCGGCGGCGGUGGUGGCAGCAGUGGCAGCAAUGAGCCGACAGUGACCUUCGAGGACCGCGCACGGCACCGCCAGAGCCAGAGGCGCAGCCGCCAUCACCGCCGUGUGAGGCUCGAGGGCCGGGACCCUGCAUCCACCUCCCGCAGCCGCUCGGCCAGUCAGGAGCGAAGCCUGGAUGAAGCUGGUCCUGCUGAUGCCGACCUGGAGGCUCGGGGUCCCCACGGGACCAAGGAGCCCCCGAUCCUGGAGGAGGAGAGAAGCCAGGAUCUGCGAAGGUCCAGCAGCCUGAUGGUACCGGGAGGCACUGGGCUGACCCAAGCCCUGGAGGUGGCCGAGAACCCCCUGGCACAGCCUCAGGCGGACACAGAGGCAGGGAAGGAUGCGGAGGGCAACAGCAAACAGGCUCUGCUGGCCGAUGUGCAGCUGGACAUGGGCCGUGGCAUCAGCCAGAGUGAGCCGGAUCUGUCGUGUGCCACCAGCACCACAGACCGACCUGCCACCGAGAGCACCAGCGUCACCGUGGCCAUUCCCGAUGUGGGGCCCCUGGUGGAGUCCACCGUGGUGCACAUGAGCAACAAAACAGAUGGUGAGGCCAGUCCCCUAAAGGGGACUGAGAUCCCCGAGGAAGAAGAAGAGGAGGAGGAAGAGGAGGAGGAAGAGGGGGCAGAGAAGAAGAAGAAAAAGAAAAAAAAGCAGACAGGCAAAGCCAUGGUACCUCACAGUUCCAUGUUCAUCUUCAGCACCACCAACCCGAUCCGCAGAGCCUGUCACUACAUCGUCAACCUGCGGUACUUCGAGAUGUGCAUCUUGCUGGUGAUUGCGGCCAGCAGCAUCGCCCUGGCAGCUGAGGACCCUGUCCUCACCAACUCGGAGCGCAACAGGGUUCUGCGGUACUUCGACUAUGUCUUCACUGGUGUAUUCACCUUUGAGAUGAUCAUCAAGAUGAUCGACCAGGGACUGAUUCUGCAGGACGGGUCCUACUUCCGGGACCUGUGGAACAUUCUGGACUUUGUGGUGGUGGUUGGCGCUUUGGUGGCCUUUGCUUUGGCGAGCGCUCUGGGCACCAACAAGGCCCGCGAUAUCAAGACCAUCAAGUCACUGCGGGUGCUCCGGGUGUUGCGGCCACUGAAGACCAUCAAGCGGCUUCCCAAGCUCAAGGCUGUGUUUGACUGCGUGGUCACCUCCCUAAAGAAUGUCUUCAACAUCCUCAUUGUCUACAAGCUCUUCAUGUUCAUCUUUGCCGUCAUCGCUGUGCAGCUGUUCAAGGGCAAAUUCUUCUACUGCACUGACAGCUCCAAAGACACAGAGAAGGAGUGCAUAGGCAACUAUGUGGACCAUGAGAAGAAUAAGAUGGAGGUGAAGGGCCGCGAGUGGAAGCGCCACGAAUUUCACUACGACAACAUUAUCUGGGCGCUGCUAACACUCUUCACUGUGUCCACAGGAGAGGGCUGGCCACAGGUCCUGCAACACUCAGUGGAUGUGACGGAGGAGGACCGGGGUCCGAGCCGCAGCAACCGCAUGGAGAUGUCCAUCUUCUAUGUCGUCUACUUUGUGGUCUUCCCCUUCUUCUUCGUCAACAUCUUUGUAGCCCUCAUCAUCAUCACCUUCCAGGAGCAGGGAGACAAGAUGAUGGAGGAAUGCAGCCUGGAGAAGAACGAGCGGGCCUGCAUUGACUUCGCUAUCAGCGCCAAGCCACUUACACGCCACAUGCCCCAGAGCAGACACACCUUCCAGUACCGAGUGUGGCACUUUGUGGUGUCCCCAUCCUUCGAGUACACCAUCAUGGCCAUGAUUGCACUCAACACCGUCGUGCUCAUGAUGAAGUAUUACUCGGCCCCCUGCACCUACGAGCUGGCCCUCAAGUACCUGAACAUCGCCUUCACGCUGGUCUUCUCCCUGGAGUGCGUGCUCAAGGUCAUCGCCUUUGGCUUCUUGAACUAUUUCCGUGACACCUGGAACAUCUUCGACUUCAUCACGGUGGUUGGCAGCAUCACAGAGAUCGUCCUCACCGACAGUAAGCUAGUCAACACAAGUGGCUUCAACAUGAGCUUCCUGAAGCUCUUCCGAGCCGCAAGGCUCAUCAAGUUGCUGCGUCAGGGCUACACCAUCCGCAUCCUGCUCUGGACCUUUGUGCAGUCCUUCAAGGCCUUGCCCUACGUCUGCCUCCUCAUCGCCAUGCUCUUCUUCAUCUAUGCCAUCAUCGGCAUGCAGGUUUUUGGGAACAUCAAACUGGACGAGGAAAGUCACAUUAAUCGCCAUAACAACUUCCGGAGCUUUUUUGGGUCCCUCAUGCUGCUCUUCCGGAGUGCCACGGGUGAGGCCUGGCAGGAGAUCAUGCUGAGCUGCCUAGGAGAGAAGGGCUGUGAGCCCGACACCAGUGCGCCCGCUGGGCCCCCAGGCCAGGAGCGCUGCGGAACUGACUUGGCCUACGUCUACUUUGUGUCCUUCAUCUUCUUCUGCUCUUUUCUGAUGCUAAACCUCUUUGUGGCUGUGAUCAUGGACAAUUUCGAGUAUCUAACCCGAGACUCAUCCAUCCUGGGCCCACACCACCUGGAUGAAUUUGUCCGUGUCUGGGCCGAGUACGACCGUGCUGCCUGCGGCCGCAUCCAUUACACUGAGAUGUACGAGAUGUUGACCCUCAUGUCGCCUCCGCUAGGCCUCGGCAAGCGAUGCCCCUCCAAGGUGGCCUAUAAGAGGCUGGUGUUGAUGAACAUGCCGGUGGCCGAGGACAUGACGGUGCAUUUCACCUCCACGCUCAUGGCUCUAAUCCGCACAGCCCUGGACAUUAAGAUCGCCAAAGGUGGCGCUGACAGGCAGCAGCUGGACUCGGAGUUGCAGAAGGAGACGCUGACCAUCUGGCCUAAUUUGUCCCAGAAGAUGCUUGACCUCCUGGUGCCCAUGCCGAAAGCAUCUGAGCUGACAGUGGGGAAGAUCUAUGCAGCCAUGAUGAUCAUGGAUUACUACAAGCAGAGCAAGAUCAAGAAGCAGAGGCAGCAACUGGAGGAGCAGAAAAAUGCACCCAUGUUCCAACGCAUGGAGCCCUCGUCACUGCCUGAGGAAAUUGUGGCCAACGCCCGUGCUCUGCCCUACCUGCAGCAGGACCCCAUGGCCAGCCUCGGCCGUGGAUACGUGCCCACGAGUCCACUCUCAGCCCGAGAGCGGCUCCAGCUGGCCUGCAUGGAUGAUGAGGAGCAGGAGCAGGAGUCACUGGAGCCCGAGGUUAGUGCUGUGGGCAGCUACCUCCCCGUGGACACGCAGCACCGGGCGGGAUCUGGGAAGGCGGCAUCUAUGCCGCGCCUGACUGUGGAUCCCCAGGUGCUGGAUCCCAGUUCCAUGCGUCGCUCCUUCUCCACCAUCCGGGACAAGCGCUCGGGCACCUCGUGGCUGGAGGAGUUUUCCAUGGAGCGCAGCAGCGAGAACACAUAUCGGUCCCGCAGACGAAGCUACCACUCCUCCCUGCGGCUCAAUGUGGAUGCGGGCCACAAGUCUGAGAGUCUCCGUGGAGGCCGGGAGCGCGGCCGCUCCAAGGAACGCAAACACCUGCUGUCCCCAGAUGUGUCCCGCUGCAACUCGGAGGAGCGUGGUGCUCAGGCUGACAGCGAAUCCCCUGAGCACCGGCCAUCCCGGUCCCCCAGUGAGGGCAGGGUAGGGACCCCCAGCAGGAAGGGUGCUGGUUCCUUCAGCGAAAGCUCCACUCCAUCCGUCUCUGACACCAGCACUCCCAGACGUGGCCGGCGGCAGCUUCCCCCAGUGCCCCCCAAACCGCGGCCUCUCCUCACCUACGGCUCAGCCCAGGGUAGCCAGGAGGGCUCCCCGCUGGCAGUGGGCUGCGCGUCCUCCUCCCCGCAGCGCUACAUCUCGGAGCCGUACCUGGCGGGGCCAGAGGACACACAAGCCUCGGACUGCGGCGAGGAGGAAACACUGACCUUCGAGGCGGCCGUGGCCACUAGCUUGGGCCGUGCCAACACCAUCGGCUCAGCCCCACCACUGCGGCACAGCUGGCAGAUGCCCAACGGCCACUAUCGGCGGAGGCGGCGCCUGUGCGGGGCGGCUGGUGACCUCCUGAGCGACACAGAGGAGGACGACAGAUGCUAGGGCCCCUCCCCACUGCAUGCGCCGCACUGCGCAGGAGGACGCAGGCGCCCGGCUGGACACCCCCACUUGCUCCACUGCCUGUGCAAGGUGGGCGCCGCCUCCCUUCCGCAGUGGGACCCCGGUCCUCACCCCCGAUGUGUCCCCUAGCCGGGGCAGAGGGGCCGCAGCAGCAGAACUGAGCGAGCAAAGCCAUAGGCCAGUGGGAGGGGCCGCCCCGCGUCCCCCGGAGAUGGGGCUGGACCCCCGUGUGGACAGGACUGUCGGGAUCACUCGCAAAUAUACCUCAGCUUCGACCUGCUGCCCCAGGGCCUUGCCACGCUGAGGGGACAACACUGUGCCCCCCCCCCCAAGAGCCAUGGGGGCAGCAUGGAAGAAAGGCCGACCCUGGAUUUUAGAUUGUUCUCUGGCUGCCACAGGGGUGCAGGUGGCCCUGGCUGAGCCGCCCCUGGGGUAGCAGCUGUAAGGAACGCUGAUCUUUCUUAGGACUUUGGGUGGGGGGGGGCUUGAAACAGGAUUGAGGAUCUCAAAACCUUCUUACACCCCAACUGUUUGGCCCAGCCCUGGGCCUCAGGGGGGUCCCUAAAGGGCUGCUGUUCCCCUCUGAGAGGGGUGCAGGGUGGGGGUGCCGCGGGGUGGCCUCCAACUUCUGCUGUGAGAAAACAGAACGUCCCACCCAUGUGUUCUGGGACCCAGGGGCCUCCCCCAGCAGUGUUCUGAAGGUAUGUGAUCGGGAGAUACGGACAUCUAGAUCCUCUCCAGGAUCCACAGCACCGCUGAUUUGGCAGGUUUUAGAGAAUGGGCUUCCCCACAUUUGGACAGUGGGGCCUGCACUACUGUUCACCUCUAGUUCCCAUUAUUUCAUGAGGAGGUCCAGCCAGGGCUGACCCAUCUUUCCCCCUCACUGCCUAGGAAGGAAGGAGGGGCUAGGAGCAAUGUCUGGGAGUUGGGAAACAUGGCAGCAGGGGGAGCAGGACUGGGACUCCUUGGCGACACUGGGUUUCGGGGCCUGAUUCUCCUUCCUGGAGGUGCCCCCCCAAACCACCAGAGCCGGCUCCAAGCCAAAGGCCCCAGGCCCAGGGGCGCCCCAAUUGCUUGUCUCAUCCUUGCGCUUCCUCCUGCUCCCCCACCCCCAAGUGCUACCAUAGGGGGGCUGCUAGUAUCUCACUGCAAAAAGAUUCGAACAAGCCAUGCAACUCUGUAAA